UCUUUAGUUGGGGCACUCGCAGCGCGAUGUGUUACUUACGGCGAAACUCCCGCCGGCGCCGGCAGCACCAGCGGCAGCGGCGGCCCGGGAGCGGCAGCGGCGCUGCCGGUACCCGAGCCGGGAAGGACGCCGGGCGGCCGUCGGCAACACCCGCUGCCUAGAGGCGACAGCGGAGGACCCCGCUGCGGCUCCGGGCAGCCGUGUUCUUCUACGGAGGAAUAACUUUAUUUUACCCGCUUCUCUCCAUUCUUUCUUUAUUUUUUCUUUUUCUUCUUUUUUGUCCCCGCGGCGCUCGGUUCCCGGAUCCGUUCGGCGUCGGCGGCAGCAGCGAGAGGAGCCGGGCGGUGCUCCCGGCGCGGGGCUGGGGAUGGCGAGCCCCGCCGUGCUGGGGCUGCUGCCCCCCCUGAGCUCCCCGCCCGGCCCCAACCUGAACAACAACAACAACAACAACCAGGGCGUGAGGAAGUGCGGGUACCUGCGCAAGCAGAAGCACGGCCACAAGCGCUUCUUCGUGCUGCGCGGCCCGGGCGGCGGCGGCGGGGAGGAGGCGGGGGGCGCCCGGCUGGAGUACUACGAGAGCGAGAAGAAAUGGAGGAACAAGUCUGGGGCACCCAAGCGGGUGAUCGCCCUGGACUCCUGCCUCAACAUCAACAAGCGGGCGGACGCCAAGCACAAGUACCUCAUCGCCCUCUACACCAAGGACGAGUACUUCGCCGUGGCUGCCGAGAACGAGCAGGAGCAGGAGGGCUGGUACCGGGCUCUCACCGAUCUGCUCAACGAGGGCAAGGCGGCCUGCCAGGGGUCCCCCCACCGCCACCUCGCCUCCCCCUUCUCCGCCUCCUGCGGCGCGGCCGCCGCCUCUCUGGCCGCCGCCGGGGAAGACCUCAACUACGGGCUCAUCGCGCCGGCAACCGCUGCCUACCGGGAGGUCUGGCAGGUGACGCUGAAGCCCAAGGGCUUAGGGCAGAGUAAAAACCUCACUGGCGUCCACCGGCUCUGCCUCUCGGCUCGCACCAUUGGGUUCGUGCGUCUCAACUGCGAGCUGCCCUCGGUCACGCUGCAGCUGAUGAACAUCCGCCGCUGCGGCCACUCCGACAGCUUUUUCUUCAUCGAGGUGGGGCGCUCAGCCGCCACCGGCCCCGGCGAGCUCUGGAUGCAGGCGGACGACUCGGUGGUGGCCCAGAACAUCCACGAGACCAUCCUCGAGGCCAUGAAGGCGCUGAAGGAGCUGUCCGAGUUCCGGCCUCGAAGCAAGAGCCAGUCGUCCUCCUCGUCUUCCUCCGGGGGGGCCGGCGGGCUCGGCGGCAGUAGCGCCUCCGCCACCCACCCCAUCACCGUCCCCGGUCGCCGGCACCACCACCUGGUCAACCUGCCUCCCAGCCAGACCGGCCUCCUCCGCCGCUCUCGCACCGAUAGCCUCGCCGCCGGCGCCGGCACCAAGUGCACGCCGUGCAGGGUGAGGACGGCCAGCGAGGGUGACGGCUGCCGGGUGGGUUCGGCAGCCGGUAGCCCUAUGAGCCCGGGCCCCGUGCGGACUCCCCUGAGCCGCUCGCACACGCUCAGCAGCGGCGGAGGCCGGCAGGCGGGGAAGCUGCUGCCGGUGCUGGCCGGCGGCGGGCUGCAGAGCAGCCGCUCCAUGUCCAUGCCCGCCUCCCACUCGCCCCCCUCCGCCACCAGCCCCAUCAGCCUGUCCUCCAGCAGCGGCCUCGGCUCCGAGACUGUCCACCCGCAUCACCCUCAGCGCCCGUCCAGCGGCAGCGCCUCUGUCUCCGGCUCCCCCAGCGACGCCGGCUUCAUGUCCUUCGACGAGUACGGCUCCAGCCCGGGCGGCGACCUGCGGCCCUUCUCCUCCUCCUCCACCGCCAGCAACCGCAGCAACACCCCCGAGUCGGUGGCCGAGACACCCCCGGUGCGGGACCCAGGGGGCGGCACCGAUCUCUACGGCUACAUGGCGAUGGAGCGGCCCCCGAGCGGCCGCCUCUGCUACCGGCCCUGCCCCGACGCCGCCGGCGACAGGUGCCAUCGAAAGCGGACCUAUUCCUUGACCACGCCGUGCCGGCAGCGACCCGCCCCGCCGCAAGUCUCCUCGGCCUCCCUCGACGAGUACACGCUGAUGCGCGCCACCUUCGCCGGCAGUGCCGGCCGCCUCUUCCCCUCCUGCCAAGCUGGGGCUUCCCCUAAAGUGACCUACACCCCGUACCCCGAGGACUAUGGGGACAUCGAGAUCGGCUCCCACCGCAGCUCCGGCAGCAGCAGCACAAAUCUGGGGCCGCCGCCAGCGGGUGGUGGUGGGGGAGAUGAUGAUGGCUACAUGCCCAUGACCCCCGGUGUGGCCGCAGCCUUAGGGCAGGGAAGCCGGGGCAGUGAUGAUUACAUGCCCAUGAGCCCCACCAGCGUGUCUGCCCCCAAGCAGAUCCUGCAGCCCCGGGCAGGGGUGGGGAGUGGGUCCCCUGGGAACGGGAGCAGCUACAAGACCAGCUCACCUGGGGAGAGUUCCCCUGAUGAUAGUGGGUACAUGCGGAUGUGGUGUGGCUCCAAGCUAUCUGUGGAGAGCUCAGAUGGAAGGCUGAGUAAUGGUGACUAUAUCAAUAUGUCCCCUCGGGACCCCCAGCAUGUGCCCCAGGUUCCCUCCCUUACCCCCCCAGACUUCUUUUUCACCCCAUCAGGGCAUGGGUCCAGCGAGCCCUCAAAGCCCGGCUGCUAUUCAUACAGCUCCUUACCCCGCUCCUACAAGAGCCAGGGAUUGGCGAAGGACAGUGACCAGUAUGUCUUCAUGAACUCCCCAGGGAGGAUGAUCCCAGAGGAGGUGGGGUGCGGAGUGGGCCAGUCGCCUGCCAGCACCUUCACCCCAUCCAGCCACACGGUGCCUUCACCUCUGCGGCACAGCCGGACCGAGAGCUUUCUGAGCCAGCGGUGCCAGCGGGCAGCCCGACCCAGCCGCCUCUCUUUGGAGACCUUGCGGACGGUGCUGCCCAGCAUGAAUGAGCACCCUCUGCCGCCUGAGCCCAAGAGCCCUGGCGAAUACAUCAACAUUGACUUUGGGGAUGCUGCUGUCUAUUCUUCCCCCUCACUGCCUGCUGACAGCCCAGCCUCCUCCCUGGGCUCAGGCACAGGGCAGAGGCGCUCCCCGCUCUCUGACUACAUGAACAUGGACUUUGGGUUACAGUCGCCCUCCCAGUCAGGCGUGGUCUCAGUGGGCUCUUUGGAAGCUCUCUCACCCAGCUCUUCUUCCAGCACCAGCCAGCCCAACGGGCGCUACCUGAAGGCGGCUGUGGGGGUGGCUUGUUCAUCCAGCCCGUCAGAUGGUGGGGAUUACACUGAGAUGACCUUUGGCAUGGCCACCACGCCACCCCAACCCAUUUUUCAGAAGCCAGAAAGUGCCCGGGUCGCCAGCCCCACAGCUGGGGUGAAGAGGCUCACUCUCUCUGGGGUGGAGGCUUUCAUUCUCUCCAGCCCUCCCCCAGACCCCAACCGGGGGGCCAAAGUCAUCCGGGCAGAUCCUCAGGGGCGGAGGAGACACAGCUCAGAAACUUUCUCCUCCACCACCACUGUGACCCCAGUGUCCCCUUCCUUCGCACACAACCCCAAACGACACAACUCGGCCUCAGUGGAGAAUGUGUCCCUCAGGAAAAGCGAAGGCCUGGAGGAGGAGCAGGGUAGCAGUCCCAUGUGCCGGGAGACCUCAGCUGGCUUCCAGAAUGGCCUCAACUACAUCGCCAUUGAUGUGGUGGACGGGUCCCUGGCAAACUGUGACAAAUCCAGGUUGAAAGCCAGGCACCUCCUAAAUGGGGGCAUCAAUGGAGUAGAGAUGAGCGCCUAUGCCAGCAUAGACUUUCUGUCUCACAACCUGAAAGAAGCAAGUGCUGUGAAAGGAAGUACAGGAAGAUGGAAAAGAUGAGAGAUCCACCGUUUGCAGAGCAAGCUUUGAACCUAAUUAAGACGAGAGGAUUGUUGAAUGCAAUGUCAGAGUUUGAAAGGAUGAAGGCUUAUUCUGAAUGACUGGAAGGGUUGAGGGCAGAGCCUUAUUUCUGUCUUGCUUUUAGUUUUCUGGGGUCGUUUUUAGGAUCCCUGUGGCUUGCCCGAGCCCGGUGUGGAUGCUGCAGCCCCCGCUCUCCUUGCCCGGCCUUGGGAUGGCGUUCCCGGGCGCCAGCAGACGAUCACGCCCCUUUGCUUUGCAAACGGAUUUUUCACAAAAACGAGGAGCUUUUCUUGAGCCACCUACAGCCCCAACUGCAAACCAAGCCCGGUGUUGGGAAAGAGCUAUUUCCACAGCAUUCCCCAAACUGCUGACCCUAAGGCGGGAGGAGGGGGCGGGGGAGGGCGGGCACCGGUUACCGGGAAAACCCGGCGCGGGAGCGCGGCUGGCAUCCCGGCGACACGCGGGAAUGGGAGAGGCCGCCGGUCAGAUAAGGAGGGGGGAACGACCGCUGUCCUUCCCAUCCAGUAAACAAGAGGAUAAUGCAGCCGUGUUAAUGUGGUACUCGGCGUACAGCGGAGAGGGCUCAGUGCUGCUGCGUGUGUUUGUCCAAGGAUGGUUACAGGCUUGCCUUAUUUUAAUAUUUAAUCUGCAUGCGUGUUUGUUUUUCCUCUUUCCCGUAAGCUUCUAAACGCAGGUCACCUGGAGAAGUGGUGCGGGGAGGCUCGUUGGGAUUGACCGGCUCUGUAGGAGGUGGGCGGAGAAUCUCCAGCACCUCGUUCCCCUGAGAGGGGUGCCAGCCUGAGGGGUGCACUCAGGGGUGCAGGGAUAAAUGAAUGUAACAGAGUCAGGCUAAAGGUGGUAAGGAAGAACCAAUGGUGUGCAGGGUUGGGUACCAAAAUUGAGACAUCAAGUUAAUUGCACUUGUGGUAGUCGAACUGGGAAAGUCAUAGCAUGGGGAAAGAGAAAUACAUCACAAAGGACUUUAUUGGUUUAACUUGAAUCAAAGCAUAAACUUUUGCAAAUGUCCUAGUUUCCCUUUUGGUUUUCAUUGGGAUUUCACACCAGAGUUUGUUUAGAGAAGGACUCCUGCCACCGUUUAAAAAGGUCAACCAAUAUUGUGCUGAUGUACUUGAAUUUCAAACAUUGUGAUUUGGGAGGCUACUAAGAAUUUCACGUUUUAUAGAGAAACACAUUCAAUUUAAAGAAAACAGUAUUUUGCAUAUAAGCAAGAUUAUUUUAACAGUAGUAAUGCAGGUGAGAGUUAAGAAAAUCUAAUUCUGUAAAAAUGGUUUGCAAAAGAGAGAGCUUAUAUAAUCAGUGUUGUUUGUUUAGUUGUUUGCACUUUUCAGAUUUUGUUUUUAACUGCAUUAGAAAAGCGAGAAGCUUUACUUCUUUGAAAAACAAGUAUAGUUCCUAGUAAUUUUAAAACAAUGAAGAAUCUACAUAUUUUUAAUAUUUAGAACAGGAGACUCUGAGAUACAGAGUAUACAAACAAGCUCCUUAGUAAAUUAAUUAACAUUUUGAUUUGUGCAAAAUACAUGUAAAAAACCAGUUUGAAUUGUUCCUUAAGGUUUGUAGCAGUAGUUGUGUUUUCAUGUGGAUAAAUGUUUUGAGGGAAACUAUAUCAUUUAAAGAUGGCUGGCUUUCACGUGUAGCUUGUCUCUCUACAAUCAGUAACUUGCCUCUGCUGCAGGGAGUGCUGUGCUUUUGGAAAUCUCUGUCUAUAUUAUCCUGUCGUGGUAGAAGCAAGGAGUGCAUCCACAGCUGCUGUCAAAACAGAACAAUUAAGAGGUUGCUUGAAAUGAUAGUUUCAUUUAGUUUUACUGUGUUCUGAAAAUGUGAAAAUAUUUAAUAAUUGGAGAAACAAUUGCCUUCAUCUGAUAUGUAAAUAAAAUAAUACUGUUACUGGUUGAUUAAAGCUUGUUACUUGCUAAUAAUUAGCCUUUGUUCUUGAAUUAUGACUGGUUUUUUGCUUAAAAACAUAUGAACAGUGUAUGGAUUUAAUUAUUUAUGGAGAUGUUUACACUCUUUUUUUCAUAUAGUGCAAAUUAUUUAUUCCAGUAUAUUUAUGACAGAUUAUACCCAAUAAUGAUGUGACUUUUUAUGGUGGAUCUUAGUUCUCUUGAAGUCAAAUGGUAGUUUUGUCUCUGUCUUAAUGGGGAUUUUACCCUUUGUGUGUAAUCCUGAAAUUCUUAAGUAAGAUUCCCAUUAAAUUUAGUGGGUGUAUAGUAGGGAAUUUUGCUUAAUUGAAACCACCAGAAUUGGGUGGUUAAUCUUUAGUUAUGUUUUCUUUUCCAUUCACAGAGUGCUCUGUAGCUUUAACUUGUAAAUGUUUCUAGAAGUUGGUCAAGUUUUCUAAAAAUGGGCAGAUACUAUGUGUAAUGCUGCAAAAAAAGCUGAAGGUUCUUUUCCUCCCAUGUUAGUUUCUUUUGUCUUGAUUUGUUUAAAGAAGUCGUCAUCUGUAAUGCAUCUACUUAAGAUCGUAAUAAGGUGAUUUUGAUAAUCAUGACCCCCACUCCUGCCUUGUCAAUUAGCUUUCAGCUGUGUGAGGGUUUUAUGGUUGCACCUAAACAAUAAAAAGCCUAUGUUAAGAAAUCUCUUCUUGUGUCUUUCUAAUGCCAUUUUAGAUUGUUAAAGAAAUAACCUUUGCUUCCCUUUUCUUUGGGAUUACUUUGCACAGUGGGUUAUACUACUAAGUUGGUUUUUCUCUUCCUCUUCAUAUGCCAGCUGCCAUAAAGUUUUGGUUCUCAGAGUGACAUGAGAAUGUUUGUCUCUUUAGCAAAACUAAUAUUAACUGUAAAAUUACUUCUUCAAAAUAUUAAAAUAUAUGCUGUGUUAGAAAUCUAUACAGCUUUUAAAGUCUUUUUUUUUAUAAUAAAUCAGUUGUAGUAGUUUCUCUUAGUAUUAAGUUCUGUGAAGACAUCAAAACUAACAGCAGAAAGAAAUGAACUGCUUUUAAUAACUUACAUAGUUUGAUUUUUUAACUUACAGUAAGAAUUAAAAAUUUGAGGGGUUUUUUUUGCAACAUCUCAAAAUUCACUUAGUCUUUCAGAUAGCAUUUUACAGCUGACCAAACCAAAGUGCUUAUGUCUGAACCUAGCAGUGCCACUUGUGAAACAUGAAAUAUAAACUGAAAUUAUCUAACAUUAAAUAAAGCCUUUGGUAUUUUAAAUUAUGUUGAUUAUAGGGAUGUCAGCUUUUUACAAGCAGAUAGAAUAUUAAAACGCGUGACGUCUAUUAGACUUUUAUUCUUUACACUUUAUAGCUGUACUGCUUAUAGAAAGAAUGUCAUGGUUAUUUUGAGUCAUUUAAGAUAAAUUGUUAUAGACCAAGUUGAAUGGUGGGUUUGUUCUAAACUGAACCAGUACAGUCAUUGCUCAAGGCAGAGGAAAUGCUUUAGGUUGAUGAUUGCUUCUGAUUACUUGAUUUCUUUCAAGAUAGCUACAGAGACUAAUGUUGGUUUGUAAGUAAAAAGAAUAAAGGAGUGUUUGAACAGAAAGAGUAUUAGGACAUAUUUUCUAUGGUGGCAUUCUUUAUGUUUGGUGUGUUUUUUUUUUUAAUAAGGAGAGAAUAACGUGUUUUUUCACACUUGAUUUACUAUUAUUUUUAAAUAGCAUUAAGUACACUGGGAUGCUGAAGUAGUUUAUAAGUUGAAACACAGCAAGCAUCCAUUGAAAAAUUUAGUUAGUGUAUGUAAUCCAACUUCCAUCCCUAUUCAACAGUUAAAUGGCAGUAUAGUUACAUCCAGAUAUUGUCUGUCUAUAUCAGUUUUUAUCUAAAAGCACCAUUAAUAUAUUUCUUUUUAAAGUAAUAAACACCUGUGACUUUUUUUGUUCUGAUUUUGUUUAAGUAUUGUAUGCUUUUUGUACUAUUUGUCCGUAUGUUGUUUUCUUUGUGUUUGUUAGGUUAGUCAUGAUAUAGUCCAGCAGUUUUGUGGAAGUUUUAACACUAGGUUGGUGCAGUAUGUGUCAUAGCAAUUUAAAGUGAAUAUAUUGACUGAUAUGAUAAAUUUGGACAUGUAAUUAUGAGGGUUUCACAACUGUUUUUGUUGUAGUUCUGUAAAAUGUUUCCUUGAAGGGAUCUCUGUAAGCGUAGAAAACAGUACUAUCCCUUAAGUUUUUAGAAGACCGGAUAGUGACCCAAAAGUUCAGAUAUGUUUUCUUUGUGUGUUUGUUGUCUGGCAUGUAGUUAUUUUUAAAGUUUUUGUGCAUGUGCAUGUAGGGGGUCAAGAGUGGCAGCUUUGAAAAGCCAAGUUCAGCUGAGUAGUCCCCUUGCUGGUGGUUGUUGAAAAGGCUGGCUUUCCUACUGCAGACUUUUCAAAGGAAAAUUUUUUGUGGUUUUUUUGGUGUGUGUUGUUUUGUUGUUGUUUGAGUUUUUCUACGCUUAUGUUUGUGUCAACUGCCUUUAGCUAUCCAGCAUGUUGGCUUCUUGGAUUAGUCAGUCUGCUAGGCACUCUGGAGAACAUGUAGCAGUAAACAGAGCCAGCAAAGGUGACUGCUCCCACUGUCUUUUAAAUGGAAGUUAAAAAGCAGCAUGGAUUUUUUCCCUGGCAUCUCUGUCAGCUUUGGAGGAAAUCAGGAUUACUGGUUUAGAUUGUAUUUGCAGUUUACUCACUAAUAUAGGCUGAAUGAAUCCUUCAGUUGCAGGGUUGUAAAUGUUCGUAGUUAAAACAAGCUUUUAAGACUUAGGUAUUAUAAGCCUCAUCCAAACCACAGAGAAAUCAGUGCAGAGAUUGCUUACAUUUUUACAGAGGAUCACCUAAAAAUACAUUUCAUGGAAUGUUAAAGUGCUAACACAUACAGUAGCAUUUGAGGCUCACUCAAAGACAGCAGUAGUUUGUAAUCUCUGGGUUGCCAGUCAAAUGGUAAUGAGUAACUUUCCUGAAGAAUAGGUAAGUGCCUGAAUAUUUCCAUGGAGUUGUGCUAUUGCUUGGUACCUGAGGUGUCAAAUUGGCCACUAAAGUAGGAUUGUUUAGGAGAGUUGUUCAAUGCAAUGAUAAGAAAUCCCUUUAGAAAUUGAUUUAAAAGACCAAAGACAAUAGUUGGAGUUCUGUUACUAUUUUUGCCUUAAAAAAUAAUUUCCAAACAGAUGUUCUGAAUUUUUUAUCAAUGAUAAUAACCCCAAGUGGUGUAGGUGUAUCAAAAAUAGUAAUUUAAAAAAAUCCAGUUUUUGCUCUCAGUAAAGGGCUAUAUACUCUGGAAAGAGUUAUGAGGUAACAGUGGGGAGAUACUUCCCAGAAUAAACAUCUUUGAUACUAGGGUGUUUUCUUUUCAAAUCCAGAAUUGCCUGUCUUAGUUAAAUAAAAGUUAUUUUAGAGUGUGUGUUUUUACCUCAGUAAAUCAAUCACAAAACUAGUUAGGAAAAAAAAACCAACCCAAGCCACAAACCUAAAUCUGCACCUCUGAUAGUAACAUCUACAACUGCAGAAGGGUAAUGCAAUAGCUUUAUUGCGUAGAUUAGGAAUGAUUCAGUGUUUUGUUUACAUUAUUUGUCAAUCUCUUCAGCAUCCUAGAAGAGAACACUUCCUUCCUGGCAGAUGGCAGCCCCAGGGCCAUGCACCUGCCAUUACAAGCACUCUGCAGUAGUAAUCUAGCCCAGCAUCGCUGUUGACAAGAGGCUAAUGAUUGGAGACUGUUUGCCUGACAGCCUAAACAAAAUAGGAACCUAUUUGCCCUUCAGCAAGAGGCUGAGAAAUCUUAGGCAGGACAGUAUGCUGAAAAAUUAUAAUGGAAUUUGGAUUAGACCUCUUUGGUAGUGUUUUUAGUAUGAGCCACUUUUAAGAUAAUGAUGCUUCAAAAAGCAGUGUCUCAAAGAAGGGAUUUUCUGUUUCUCCAGCGGAGUGAUAACUGACUUUUCUUUAAUAGCUCAGUGUUGAUGGGAGGAAGGCUUGGCCUUGUGUGAUUUAGCUGGCUGUACCAGCUAUCCUCUGCGGCAGAGUCUGCUCUCGCUGCAAGCAGGGAGUUGGAUGUGCUUGCGCUUGUGCUUCUAACACCAUAAGUGGUGUUAGAAUGACAGAAUGUCUCUUUAAUUGUUUGAAUGGCGUGUUUGGUGCUUGCAUAAUGCAUUCCCAUUUCAGUAAUUUGAUUUGUAAUUUGAUAUGUUUUUAUUAUGUCAUUAGACGAGGAUCUCUUACUUUUGUUGUUGUUGUUCAUUUCUGUUAUACGUAUGUGUGUGUUUGUUUUUCUUUGAAACUAGUGUGGAUGAUGUUUCUAGGGGACACUACCCAAGGCAAGGGUAUCUUUGAACUAGGCCAGGAUGUUCUUUGCUAAAUUUAAAAACUACCCAAAUAUUACCCAGAGUUUGUAGGGUAUUAAGCAGGAUUACAUGACGCACGGAUUAGACAUUGUUGAGCAGCUUGUUUUUGUUGAAGGGGUCAGAAAUGGAGGCACUGGGGCUUUAGUGUGAUGCCAAAAUAGCAAACUUGCUGGUAAUCAGAAACAGCAGAAGCUUCUUAGAAACAGUAGAGCAUUGUGGAGAGUUUUCCAGGCUUUCCCAAGUGAUGCUUUAGUAAAGUUUGUUUGAUAUGUGGCAUGAUGAUGAGUGUAAGGUAUGAAACUUACUGUUCCAUUGAGUUUCAAAUUACAAAACUGUUUUACAGAUACCUUAAAGUAGAAUAAGAACACCACUUUAAGUGCAACGUGAGGCGCAGGACUUUGAUUCUCUUCAAAGACAAAUCAAUAAAUCAUUUCAUAACAGUGGAAAAAUUGUGUCAAUAAAAUAAGAUCAAAGCAGUUUUAUAUAUGCAUAGUUUCCUCUGAAGCAGUAUAUUAUUUAAAAAACAGUGUUUAAGGCAGUCAUAAUGUCCAGUUUAACACCUCAUUAAAUUGAUAAGGAUUGUCAAAUCAAUGUAUGGAAUGAGAAUUAGGAACAAGCUUUUGUUUUGGUUGAUAUGGAUCUAGGCUUUUGCUCACCAGAAGUCACAAGAUUGAUCGAACAAGACAUCUGACAAUCUUUUGGGGCAGAGUUAGGCUUAACUCUUACAUAGAAAACAGUGAUGUUGAAUAGAUGCUCAAGAACAAGAAAACUGAUAAUUUUGGCUUAGUCUUACUUCAUCGAUGAAGAUAAUUGAGGCUAUAGAAACUUAUUUGCAAUAACUGGUAAUGUUACAUUUCAGAUUAUUUAAAAGUAUUAGAGUAAAAUUGACAAACAGAUGCAAACCUAAUCAGUUUUCUAGUUAAUACAAAACUCUUACAUCACUGAGUCGACUGCUUUAACUACCAUGAUCUCUCCUGCGCUUGAAUUACUGAGAAGUUCAGGUGCGAAUUUUUUCUGUAGUCUUUUCAGUGGUUUCUCUGGUACUGAUUUUUCAAAAACUUCAGGAAUUGCUUUUUAGUUUACUUUAAAAGGCCAAAAGUUAGGUGAUGUGUCUAACCAAAAUUUUCACUUACACCUAAAAAAGACCUUUUGUGACAGAAUUUUGAGAUUUGGAAUGGAAAGGUGGAGGUAAAGUUCUUCUAUAAGGCAGUUGCACUCAGUUGUGCUCUAACAUUAUUCAUUUUUACAUCAUAAAAUUUUGGAAAAAUUUAUACGAGGGUGGGCUUGCAUCUUUUACAAGAGGUUUCAGUCUCAAGCAAUUAGUUCUGUCAAAUUUAAUGAAAUAUAACUGUAAUAAUACUGUCUCUUUAACGUAACCAAAAGUUAACGCUUUCAUUGUAACAAUCCUGUACAGACACAAUGAAGAUUUGUGUUGAUGAUUACUGUGAAAGUUGUUUGUGAACUACAAUGAGGCACUUUAUUAUGAAAUUAUUUACAACUAAUUAGUUUUGAUCUAGCACAGAACUUUGAACAUUUAUGUCUGGAUUUGGAAUCAGUCUUGUAUAACUUCAUGCAAAGUUAUCUAAUUCCUUGAAUGGUGAACUUACAGAAUUAGUGCUCGUGAUUUUAACAAUAGUUAUAGAAAAUUAACCAUUAGGAAUAAACAUAUACAUAUAUAAAGAUAUAUAUAUAUAUAUAUAUAUAUGAUCCUGAGGCACACAAUACUUGAAAGAAUUGAUUGUUAGUACUUACUGUUUUGUAAUCCCAAUAGGCUAGCAAUUACUCUCACAAAUACCAGAGAGAGACUUAACAUACUCUAAUGAGUGCUAGGAUAAUAUUGCUUUCUUUUGGAUAUCUACAGAAAGGUGACUUAUUAUACUUUUAUGUUUUAAUCUUUAAUUACCAAAUGAAAAUUCUGUCAAGAUAAGCUUUUACCUUUAACCACUGUAUUUUUAAAUAAAUGGUAGAUUGUGUGAGUUUUAAAUAAAUAAAUUGAUGGUACUUGGUUGUUGAAUGUUAGCCCUUAGGAUGAUUUCCAGAUACAAAUACACUGAUGUACUUCAACAGUGUAAGUGAUUUCUAGUCUGGGUCCUCUUCCCCUCCUCGCCCCCUAUGUAUGAGUAUUCAAGGGACAAUAAACUGAAAGAUUUUUAAGAUAUGGUAACAUGAGAUAGUACACCUCUUAUUUAAAAAAAAAAAAAAAAAACACAAACAACCAAACAAGUGACAACUUGAUAGUAGUGAAAUAUAAUUGAUUUUUAGUAGAACUAGGAUUCAGCUCUCAGGAUAUAAAUUGAUGGACUUGUGUUUUAGUAAAUGUACACUUGACUGUACUAGGAAGUGUAAACAAUAGCUUAGAUCUUGCAGCUUGAGUGAACACAGUCAAACUGUUGUACCUGAAUGCAGAGAGAGUGGGACUCUGCUGUGAAUGAGCUAUGUAGGAUGUUUGUAUACCAGGCUGCUGUUUGAUGGAGUCAUUGUUAGAGGUCAUCUAGAGAGUCUUCUGAGUCUGAAAUUAAAUAAUUCCUUAAUUCUUGAGUCUGCUUCAUCUGUCAUGAAUAUGACAAACUUUAACUUGCCAUACUGGCCACGUGGAUGCUAUGUUGUUAUAUUAAGAGAAAAUGCUGCAGCAUUUUCUAUUCCUCUCACUCCUCAAGAGAUGUUUUCAGUUUUCUUUAUUCUCAUAGUUUGGCUGUUGUUGCUUUUACAAGGUGACAACAUUUCAUCCAUACUCUUCUUAAAAAACAUACUGGGAGUUAUUUACAUGAUAUUUUGUGUCAUGUAGGCUCAGGCAUGUAUUCUAGUUACUUUGCUAAAGAAUAGUAUUGAUUUAGUGCAGCUUGCACUGCUUCUUUAAUAAAGCAUAGAAGAAACAGAAUGAAGGUUUUAUAAUAAAAAUGGUGCUGGGACUUAGAACAUGUACAUAGGAAAUACUGGGCUCUAUUGAGGAGUGAUUGCAUAGGAAACAAUUUUAAACUCUCCACUUUAGUCAGGGGACUCUUUUAUCAGGCACUUCUUUUUUUUUUUUUUUUUUUUUUUUUGCUUGUCUUUCUGAGGCAUUUUCCUAUAUGUUUUGUAUUAGGCUACCUGAGCAGCUGACUCUUCUUCAUUCUACUCUGGAGGCAAAGUUCUCAAAGUUCUGCUGAAGAUGGCAAAACAGUAGACAAGUCUUUUCUUGAAACUUUAUGUUAAAUUUCUUGUUUGCAAUAUAUUUUUUUAACAUGUAAUCACAUUCUUUUAUUGGACUGUGAAGUGGCUUUAGCUAUGUAUAGCUAUGUUUUUCUCUGUGUGUGUGCACACCUGAGUAAGAUUUUACUUUUGAUUCUGUAGUCAAACAUUCCAAUAUGUCUCAAAAUAUAUUAACUUAUUAUUUGCAUUAGAUACACUUUAUUCCUCUAGGUAAGAAGUAGCCUUGUUUGUAUUUGAUACAUAAAAGCCUGUUGUCUCAUCAGUUCAGAAAAGCACCACGCUAAAAACAAUUAGCUUUGGUAAUUGCCAGUAGGAGGAGAAACUUGUCCAAAUUCCAUGAUUUAGUUCAGGAAAAACAUUGAAAAUAAGUGGUACCAUUCUGUACAGGAUGUAGUAUACCAUGGCUAUAACUGUUGGAAUGAACAGCAUUGCCAUCUAUCUUUUAAAUCUGAAAUUGUUAAUUCUUCAUUGUUAAAUCUUCUUUGUUAAUUUUUCUUGUUAAAUCUUCAUUGGAUCAGAUGGUUCAGGAAGUUUUUUCCUAGCAGCUGUGUUUGUCUUGCUGUAUAUGGUGACACCAUCCUUAAACUUCUCUGUUUCUGUAACGUGAUAACUUUUAAUUUGACAUGGGUUUCCAAGAUUUUUCAUAGCAGUGAUGAGAUAUUAACAGGGGGGCUUGGAACCAUUUCUCUUCUUUCUCAUGGAUUGUCUUAGGUUCUUUUUGGGGUCAUUUGUGACCAUAUAUUAUCUUUCUGGAAUAGUAAUAAUUAAUUGAUUCAAUUAAUUUUUUCAAUGUACUUUAAAAAUAGCUACUGGAAAUAAGGACCUCUGAUAUGGUCCCCAGACUAUUUUGUGCUGUAAUUUGGAAAUCUGUGAUGUGAAGGAACUAGUCAUUUACAGCCUGUUCAUGUUGGGUUUAUUUUAUAUGUGUUUUAUGGACAUGGUUAAGUCAUUUUGCCCAAGUCUUAUUCCUGCUGUAUAGAAAUGUGUAUCUGUGAUCUAUUGUCUCAAACGUAGAUUGAAUCUGGCUUUUUUUUUACUUUUUAUUGAUAGUUGGAGAGGCCGAGGCAUCAAAGUCAAAGACACUGUCAAAAUUGUUUUGCCUUUUUUUAGUGCCUCAGGUUGCUUGCCUUUUUUUUUUUUUUUUUAACUCCUUGUAAACAGGUGUCUUGUGUUUGCUGCAGAAAUGUUUUUGCAGGAUUGUUUAGCGCAGAUAGGAUGGGAUUAUUUGCAAGCCGAGGGAGGAUAUUCCAGGGGAGGCCAUUUAUCUUUGUUUUUCCUAAAAGAGUCUGUGGAAUGCAGCUGUGCUGGGUUCCUGUUUUGAUCUGAUGGACGUGACUGUAAUUACAAGGCAGAGGCUAGAGGCUGACCAAGUCUUAAGGGACCUUCAUGUAGGUGUCCUGAGUGAAGCUGCUUGAUGUCUUUUUUGUUGCAGAUUCCAGCUUGGGUGUCUGUAGUAUGUCCUAAGGGUCCAUGUUCCUGUUUUAGAUUUCUACAUAUAUGGUCGUUUUUUGGAUCUAACCAGUGUUCUUGCACUUUAUGCAGAACUGAGAGAUUUGGCCCAGUCUGCAGUCACUUCAUUUGCACCUUAUUAGGAGCCUACUGAACGAGUCUUCCUAAAAUAAGGAUCUGGCUAGAAUGGUACAGGUGUCUUAUUGGAGAGGCUGAUUGAAUUGGGGAUUGGCACAAAACUGUCUUCCCUGACCAUAGAGAGCUUAUAUGCUUGGCAUAAAUGGAACACCAGAAUUCCAGGGAUCUGCAGCUUGCGAGAUCAACCUUGCUGUGUGCAGUCUAUUUUAAGCAGAAGGACUUGAAAUGAGACUGAUAUUUGUAUGUGGAUCAGCUGGCUAGCUAAGUAUUCCUGCCUGACCCAGACUGUACUUUAGUUAGUUGAUGAUGUAUAUUGUAUUUGUUCAGUAAAUGUGAAAUUAAAAGGGAUUUAUGUUU